AUGAAUUUGCAAAGGCUGUGGAUUUCUAAUCUAUGGAGGAAUGUUAACCAUGUGUCUGCUCGUUUUUCACAUCCACAUAAACCAAACUUUAUUCAACCAACAGUACUAACAAAGACAAAACAUUUCCUUGGAUUAACUGAUAAACUACGAUAUUCAAACAUAACCCUUCGUAUUUCUGGUGAAAACUUAUUCAUGAUCUGUGCGGAAUACCCCGUAUUUGAGGAUUUUGUGCAACAUCUUAAACUCCCAGACACGUUUCAAACGUGGUUCUCAUUAACCACACUACACAUGUGGAUGUGCUACGUGCGUCUACGCCAAGAAGGACAAGAAGGGUAUCUCAUAAAAAAAUGGAUGGAUAGAGCUCUUUGGGAAGAUAUGAAACACAGAGUGCGUGCAUUCAAAAUCUUAACGAAAAGCCAUAAGCAGAUUAAAGUCUUUCGUGGGCAAUACUUUGGCAAUAUGCUCGGAUAUGAUGAAGCUUUACUAUCCUGCUUAGACUCGCAUUUAGCCAGUGCGUUGUGGAGUAAUAUAUGGUUCUGUUGUCCAACAACUACCUUUCAAGAAAUCGAAAUAUUGAUUAAGUAUGUCAGGAAGCAGUUAGAACACUUAGAAAAAAUUCCGUCAGAUGUUUUUCUUGAACACGGUACUCCAACGUUUUUACCAUUAAUGCAAGAUAAAAUAGAUGUCUCCCUUGCUAAAGAACGUUUGAGAUAUUGUUUAA